CACUCUCCCACCGCCGCGUGCGCACCGCCGCGUCCGAACAAACACGCGACUACCGCGCACGUGCGCUUUACUUUUACAACUUUUUUUUUGAAAAAAUCUGUGGAACGUUUUUGUGUGCGAACUGUGUUGUGUUUGGAACAUUGCUUGACUUUUUGACUGCUGUUCCCUGUUUUGUGCUUCGAAGACAACGAUAAAGAUGCGGUGUCGACGCGGCUUAGCUAUAGGCGUCCUGCUUAUAUUACACAUGAGUGGCACUCUCAGUGACCAAUCAUCGAACGAGAGCGGCGGUGGCGGUGGAGGUGCUGGAUCUGACACCAGCAGUGCUGCUGAGCCCUCGAGCGAUCAGCUAGCGAUGGAAUCUUCUGAACGAGACACCCCAAGCCACGCGUACAAUGGACCUCCCCCACCUGCACCCCCACCACACAAUCGCCGUCAAAACCCACCUCAUCAUCAGGCACAUCACCCGUUAGGCAUGCCGAGAAUCCCGAAUCAUCAUCAGAUCCAUUCAAAGCCAUUCGCUUUGGGACCUCCAGUGAACCACCACAAAAACGACGUCGGCCCUGGCUUCCGAGGGCCACCACCACCUCCAGCACCUCCCGCCGACGCACAAACCGCAGCUAGCGACAAGGUUUUCAGUGGAGCUGGUGAUGUCUGGCCAGCACCUGCUCCCGAUAUGCCGAAGAUCGUGUCAUUAGACGUGAAGUGUGAGAAGAACGCAAUGAGAGUCUUCCUCAGUUUUGACAAACCAUUCUUUGGUAUUGUAUUCUCCAAGGGACACUACUCCAACCAUCAGUGCGUGCAUCUUCCACCCAACCUAGGCAGGACAUCCGCUUCAUUCGAAAUUGGCGCCCAUGCAUGUGGAACUGCUGGCAGCGGAGACCCGAGGUAUAGAGGAGACGUGGCGGCAGCUGGAACCUAUUUCGAAAACGUAAUUGUUAUUCAAUACGACCCACAAGUGCAGGAAGUAUGGGAUCAAGCCAGAAAGCUAAGGUGCACGUGGCACGACCAAUACGAAAAGGCAGUCACUUUCCGACCAUUCCCUGUUGAUAUGUUGGAUGUUGUGCGAGCUGACUUUGCUGGUGACAAUGUUGGUUGCUGGAUGCAAAUCCAGGUCGGCAAAGGACCUUGGGCUUCCGAAGUAUCUGGUCUGGUGAAGAUCGGACAGACAAUGACAAUGGUUCUCGCAAUCAAGGACGAUGAUGCAAAGUUCGAUAUGUUAGUUCGAGAUUGUGUUGCUCACGACGGUCAACGCGCUCCUAUACAACUAGUCGAUAGGCGAGGCUGUGUUACCCGACCGAAACUAAUGUCAAGAUUUACGAAGAUCAAAAACUUCGGAGCCAGCGCUAGCGUAUUGUCAUAUGCUCACUUCCAGGCGUUCAAGUUCCCCGACUCAAUGGAAGUACACUUCCAGUGUACUAUUCAGAUUUGUAGAUACAGAUGCCCAGAACAGUGUUCAGAUGGAAAUCCCAAUGUGAUCGCUCCUCAUGCUGAGUAUGGACCACCACAGAUUGAUGCUUACCAACAAGUGGGUAUUGAAGCCAGACGUGAUGAGAGGAGAGUGAGGAGACAACGACGAGCGACAUCACCUGAGAAAGAAGUCGGUGUGAACAGAGUGAUCCGUGUAGUGUCCGCUGGCGACUUAAAUAUGGACACUUCAGAAGAAAGCGCAGCUCCUAGAGUGAUUCCUACGCCCGGUCUUGUUUGUAUGACCACACCUGGAUUUGCAGCGACAUUAGGAGCUCUUCUCGCUACGUUAUUAUGUUCUUGCGCAGUGUCAGCAGUUUUGUUCUUAAAGUUACGGCCAAUUUCGACUCUGAAGAAGAAGACGGCUGCAGUGACGACGAUAGCCCGGCCGCACCCACCGACCGCGCAUGUAAUUUCAAAGAGCCGCUUCUACUCGUAACAGAGCGUGUAUAAUCUAAUUUGUACAUAUUAGUGUGAUGAGACUGAAGUAUAUAGACCAUGCCAAUUAUUUAUUUGCGUGUUGUACGAGUGCUCAAAUGAAUUUAGUUAAUCUGGGAACCCUUAUUUAGUAUUAAUUCAAUGUAUGUGUAACUCGACAGUCCGUUGAACUUCAGUUAAAUCGUAUUGAUUCCUAUUUCGCAUGUUGGUUGAAUUGACAUUUAAUUCAGCCGUGUUUGUUACAUCUUUGUUGACAUCAACUGUUGAGUUAACCUGUUGUAUGUUUUCUUAGUUGUUUAUGCGACGUUAGAACAAAUUAUCAACACAAAAUGUAGUAUUAAAAUAUUGUAAGUACAAUCUUCUGUUACCUCUUCUCGAAGGUCCAUUCGAAGUAGAGGCAACGGAAAAUGAAUCAUACGGAAUAUCAACUUAGGUGAACCGCUAGAAUGUAAUUUAAAAUAACUUGUCAUUAGUAUUAAUAUAUUUAUUGUUAAUUAAGUCUUAGUCAUUAUUACGAGUACGUAUAGCGAUUUAUUUAUUUUAUACCACCUGAGUACCUCUUCUUCUUAUUUUAUUGUUUUUCUUCGCAUUAUGAUUAUU